CAACAGUUUUAAACGCCGCAAGCGCAAAAUUACCCUGUGAGCGAAAGAUUUCGGAAAGAUUUUUAAGGACAAGUGAACGUCAAACUUUGGCCUCCUUCUUGGUAAAGGAUUGAAACGGCUUGUCUGAAACGAGCACUUUGUAACAGUUUGGUUUCUCUUCGUGAUCUGUGGACAAGCAUCCACCCAGCAGUCGAUUUUCAUUUUAUACAUCUACUUAAUAUGGCUGAUUCCUUGCUGAGUUAGACUUAAAUAGCGUUUAAUAGAAGAAAUGGUCAUGAUGUCAGGGACUGUGGGUCGAACUAAUGUCUUGAUAACAAUCACGGCAGUGCUUUCAGUGUGCACUCUUUCUUGGACACGUAUUAACAGUCAAGAGAUUGAUAAUCUCACCACUCAGUGCAAAAACUACCAAGAUUUGACUCCAUUGCUGAUUCAUCUGCAAGCCAUCUCGCAGCUUCUGUCCGCCCAAAACAUGCAACUGAACGCUCAGAACGGAUUACUUCGUCUCCUGCAGCAGCAGCUUUCUUCCCACAGCUCCACCACGGAACACAUAUCCCAGAAUUCCAACGCCGAUAUGGCGGCAAUUCAAAAGCACGUGCUCUUAGUAGAAGAGAGACUAGGAAUAACUUUGAAGCAACUGAAUGCAGAUAUGAUGAUGUCCUUUGAGAUACUUGAAGAAAAACUCAAUAAAACUUUAUCUUUGAAUAUCAACAGGAAUAAAAACAUCAUCAAACCCAUAGGAAAUACGGAGUACCCUACUUCCUUCAAGGGCGGCCAAGAAUCCUGUGUUAGUGUGUGUACCAAAACUCCAGUUUUCCAUGUCGAAUCAGAACAUGGACAAUACAAGCUGACGUUCGCCAAAGCGCAAGCGCAGUGUGAGCUCUUGGGCGCGACUAUAGCGACACCUAUCCAACUGCAGGCGGCUCAUGAUGACGGUCUGGACGUGUGUAGAUGGGGCUGGGUGUCAGACGGGACGCUGCGCAUGCCUAUACGUUAUCCGCGCCCGGGGUGCGCCGAUGAGGAGUCAAGGGCCGUUGUCGUGGCAGACGCCAGAAAUGCUACCUCGGUAGUGCCACUGAAUGGUUUGGCGGACGUCUUUUGUUUCAGACUUCAGAUAUAAUAACUGUUUCCCAUUCUCUCAUUCUUAUGUUUCAAUAUACUGUAAGAGGAUAUGACAGUUCUACUUACGCGCUCAGUUGGGGGUUUUGUAUUCAAGCCGUAUACUGUGGAAACAAUUCGACCAAAACCAUCCCUAAUAUUUUGUGUUUACCAGUGGGACAUCUACUCCAUUGGUUUUGAAAGGCCUAUUUCAGUUGUAGUCACAUACAUGUACACUGAUAGCAAUACAUGUAGGCCUACAGUGCAUUUAACAUCAAGUCUAAUGCGCAGUCAAAUUUAGAUUUAUCUACAGAACUGGGACAAAUUAGCUCGUGGCAAUAUUGCUAUAUCAUUAAGCACACUUUCGUUCAGUCUCAUAAGCUAUCUGGAAAUUAUCUGCAAUUAAGUCUCUGUUCAAAGCUCCUUUUUAAGCACAAGACACCUACAGCUGUUUUUGAAUAAAUGCGAUAGAGGUGCCGUGCGUUUCGUUUUCUCCGUCUUCUCUGUGCUGACAUUUAACACUUUUUAAGGAGCAAACUAUUGGCUGAACGUAAGCCUAUUCUAUGGAGCAUGUUUUGAUGGCGUUUUAGAUACUUUUCCAGAAAUAUUUGACUUUAACUUCGCCAUGUUUCAUUAUUUCCUUAAUAAGUCUGGAUUUUUAAAAACAUUUUCUUCAAUUGGCUAUUUGAAAAGCAUUUGUACGAGUGUCAAUUUGCUCAUAUGCUGUACCUCAUUCGUCAAAAGGAAAACGGCUUAAAAUUCUCGAAGGUAAGAGACAUAGCAAGUUCUAGAAAGCUCACUUACAAUCUUAUUUAUAAGCUUAAUUAUCCGAUAAGUAAAAAUAUGUUGGCAACGACUCAAAAUUGCAAUAGGUUUAAUCUUUGUCAUUACCCAUAUGCAUAAUCAAUAUUUCAUUUACUAAAGCACUCUGUUUUCCAGAACAGGUCAUGCUAAGUGAUUUUCCUGUGCAAAGCACCAUCUAUUCGCUUUUCUUGACAAAAUCUUCAAAUUGAUCUCAGCAAGUAUUUCCAUGUACUGG